CAGGACUAGACCUACACGGUUCUGUGGAAAUAUUAAUCCAUUGUGCAAGCUCAGGAUAGAGAUUCCCCGGUGAGGUGGUCUCUCUUCGCGAUGCGAAGAUGGCAAGCCUGGUCCCUCCCACAGGCAGAGAAGCGUUCCGCCGCUUCACCCCGGAGUCACUGGCGGAGAUCGAGAGGCUCAUCCAGGAGAGGAAAAGCGAGAAGCAAGUAGAGGGAGCAGAGCCAGAGCCAAAGGCACCUAGCGGUGACCUGGAGGCAGGGAAGAAUCUGCCUAUGAUCUAUGGAGAUGCACCAGAGGACCUGCUCAACACACCCCUAGAGGACAUAGACCCCUUCUACAAAACACAGAAAACGUUCAUUGUAAUUAGCAAAGGAAACACAAUCUACAGGUUCAACGCAGAACCAGCCUGCUACAUUCUCAGCCCAUUUAACCCCGUCAGAAGAGGAGCCAUUAAAAUUCUCAUACAUUCGUUAUUCAGCAUGUUCAUCAUGAUUACCAUUCUCGCCAACUGUGUGUUCAUGACCAUGAGCAACCCUCCUACCUGGAGUAAAACUGUGGAAUAUGUUUUUACUGGUAUAUAUACCUUCGAAGCGACAGUCAAAGUGUUGUCGAGAGGUUUCUGUAUUGGAAGUUUUACAUUCCUUCGUGAUCCAUGGAAUUGGCUGGAUUUCAUGGUGAUCAGCAUGGCGUACAUCACAGAGUUUGUUGAUCUUGGCAAUGUGUCAGCACUUAGGACCUUCCGUGUACUCAGAGCUCUUAAAACAAUCACUGUUAUUCCUGGUCUGAAGACUAUUGUCGGAGCUCUGAUCCAGUCGGUUAAGAAGAUGGUGGACGUGAUGAUUCUCACCGUCUUUGCCCUUGCUGUAUUCGCCCUCAUUGGCCUGCAGCUGUUUAUGGGAAACCUGCGCCAUAAGUGCAUACGGUGGCCCAUCUCCAACAGCACCAUGGACGAGUUCAACUCCACCCUGGCCUACAACACCACCUUUGUCAACAGCACUUUUGACUUCAAAGCCUACACUGAAAAUGAAGAAAACCAGUACUUUCUUGAUGGCAGCCUGGAUGCCUUACUAUGUGGCAACAGUUCUGAUGCUGGAAAGUGCCCAGAAGGUUACACUUGUAUGAAAGCUGGGAGGAACCCAAACUACGGCUACACCAGCUACGACUCCUUCGGCUGGGCCUUUCUUGCCCUCUUUAGGCUCAUGACGCAGGACUACUGGGAGAAUCUCUUUCAGCUGACUCUGCGUGCCGCUGGGAAGACCUACAUGAUCUUCUUUGUGGUGGUCAUAUUCCUGGGAUCCUUCUACCUCAUCAACCUGAUCCUGGCUGUAGUUGCCAUGGCAUAUGAUGAACAGAACGAGGCCACGCAGGCUGAGGCCCGUGAGAAAGAGGAAGAGUUUCAGAGACUGAUGGAGCAACUCAAGAACCAAGAGCAACAGUUGCAAGCUGAUAGUAAGGCGUCUUUGGCCAGUCUGACAAAUCAAAGCCAGGGGUCAGAAAUGGCAGACGAUGGGGAUGAUGUCAUAAAGGACUGCAAUGGCAGGGUCAUCCCCCGUCUGAUCGUCAGAGCUCCGUCUAUGAAAGCGCCAGCACCAGAAGAGGAAAUGAUGGACGAUAAGUCCAUGUCUUCCAAACAUAGCAUGAUGUACCUGGAACAGCCCGGACUGGCCAAAAAAGCAGCCAGCCAGCUCAGUGUGCUGACCAAUGCUAUGGAAGAGCUGGAGGAGGCCCAGAGGCCUUGUCCUCCAGGCUGGUAUAAGUUUGCAGAUACCUUCUUGAAGUGGGACUGUUGUGCACCCUGGAUCUUCUUCAAGAAAUGGGUUAAUUUUGUGGUAAUGGAUCCUUUCGUGGACCUGGGCAUCACUAUUUGCAUUGUGCUGAAUACGCUGUUCAUGGCUAUGGAACACUAUCCCAUGAGUCAUGACUUUGAACAUGUGCUCAGCGUCGGGAACUUGGUGUUCACCGGCAUCUUUACCGCUGAAAUGGUGUUUAAGCUCAUUGCCAUGGACCCCUACUACUACUUCCAAGUGGGCUGGAACAUCUUCGACAGCAUCAUCGUCACUCUCAGUCUAGUGGAGUUGGGGCUGGCUAAUGUGCAGGGCCUGUCUGUCCUCAGGUCCUUCCGUUUGCUGCGUGUCUUCAAGCUGGCCAAAUCCUGGCCCACACUCAACAUGCUGAUCAAGAUCAUCGGCAACUCAGUGGGAGCUCUGGGGAACCUGACUCUGGUGUUGGCGAUCAUCGUCUUCAUCUUUGCCGUGGUGGGCAUGCAGCUGUUCGGCAAGAGCUACAAGGACUGUGUGUGUAAGAUCGCACAGGACUGUGAGUUGCCCCGCUGGCACAUGAAUGACUUCUUCCACUCGUUCCUCAUUGUCUUCCGUAUCCUGUGUGGGGAGUGGAUCGAGACCAUGUGGGACUGCAUGGAGGUGGCCGGUGCAGGGAUGUGCCUGGUGGUCUUCAUGAUGGUCAUGGUCAUAGGAAACCUGGUGGUGCUGAACCUGUUCCUUGCUUUGCUGCUCAGCUCGUUCAGUGGGGACAAUCUCGCAGCAGGUGAUGACGACGGGGAGAUGAACAACCUUCAGAUCGCCAUCGGCCGCAUCACUAGGGGCAUAGACUGGGUCAAGGCCUUCUUUGUUGGCCUUGUCCGCCGGAUCCUGGGCAGAAAACCUGCUGAUGAUGACGGGGGAGGAGGACAAGGAGGUGAUGGGGACAAAAAGGAUACUCUUGCCUUAAACCACCUUGAUGGAGGGAAGAUGGCAGAUGGUUUGACCAACUGUCUGGAGUCUCCAACGCUGAACGUGCCCAUUGCCAAGGGGGAGUCUGAUGUUGAAGAUGACGAAGAGUCAGAGGAUUCGUCAGAUGAGGGGACCAAGAGCGAAAAGAAGGGUGGUCUCAAUGAUGAAGAAUCUUCAAUGUGCAGCACAGUAGACUACAGGCCUCCAGAGCCCCCACCUGAGGAAGAAGAGGAGGAGGAGCCAGAGCCUGAUGAUCCAGAGGCCUGUUUUACUGAAAACUGCGUGAGGCGAUGUCCAUGUCUAAAUGUGGACAUCACGCAGGGCAAGGGAAAGAGUUGGUGGAAUCUGCGCAGAACCUGCUACACCAUUGUGGAGCACGACUACUUUGAGACCUUCAUCAUCUUCAUGAUUCUCCUCAGCAGUGGAGCACUGGCCUUUGAGGACAUUUAUAUUGAGCGCCGGAGGGUGAUCAAGAUCAUCUUGGAGUAUGCCGAUAAAGUCUUCACAUAUAUUUUCAUAGUAGAGAUGUUGCUGAAGUGGGUUGCAUACGGCUUUAAGACUUACUUCACCAAUGCCUGGUGUUGGCUGGAUUUUCUUAUUGUUGAUGUGUCACUUAUCAGUUUAACAGCCAAUCUGUUGGGCUAUUCUGAGCUGGGACCAAUCAAAUCACUCAGAACUCUCAGGGCUCUUCGACCUCUACGUGCUCUGUCCAGAUUUGAAGGAAUGAGGGUGGUGGUGAACGCGUUGGUGGGUGCCAUUCCUUCCAUCAUGAACGUGCUGCUGGUGUGUCUAAUCUUCUGGCUCAUCUUCAGCAUCAUGGGGGUGAAUCUUUUUGCUGGAAAGUUCUACCGCUGCAUUAACACCACCACAGAUGAGCUUUUCCCCAUCGAGGAAGUGAACAACAAGAGCGACUGCAUGGAACUAAUGUCCACCAAUGAGGCACGCUGGGUCAAUGUCAAGGUCAACUACGACAAUGUGGGACUGGGCUACCUCUCCCUGCUGCAAGUGGCUACAUUCAAAGGCUGGAUGGACAUCAUGUAUGCUGCAGUGGAUUCCAGAGAGGUAGAGGAGCAGCCGUCAUAUGAGAUCAACAUCUACAUGUACCUGUACUUUGUCAUCUUCAUCAUAUUUGGCUCCUUCUUCACUCUCAACCUCUUCAUUGGUGUCAUCAUUGACAACUUCAAUCAGCAAAAGCAAAAGUUUGGAGGAGAAGAUCUCUUCAUGACAGAGGAACAGAAAAAGUACUACAACGCCAUGAAGAAGCUGGGUUCCAAGAAGCCAGUCAAGCCCAUACCGCGCCCUUCGAAUAUGAUCCAGGGCAUAGUUUUUGAUUUCAUCACCCAACAGUUCUUUGAUAUCUUCAUUAUGGUGCUCAUUUGCCUCAACAUGGUGACCAUGAUGGUGGAGACAGAUGACCAGAGUCAAGAGAAAGAGGAUGUUCUUUACCAGAUCAACCUAAUUUUCAUUGUUGUCUUCACUGGGGAGUGUGUGCUUAAGAUGUUUGCGCUCAGACAAUACUUCUUCACUGUCGGAUGGAAUGUCUUUGAUUUCAUCGUUGUCAUCCUUUCUAUAGCUGGUCUCAUGCUGUCGGACAUAAUUGAGAAGUACUUUGUGUCCCCCACUCUAUUCCGUGUCAUCCGCUUGGCCAGGAUCGGUCGUGUGCUCCGUCUCAUCAGAGGAGCGAAGGGCAUUAGGACGCUUUUAUUUGCCCUGAUGAUGUCACUGCCCGCCCUUUUCAAUAUCGGCCUACUUCUGUUCCUGAUCAUGUUCAUCUUCUCCAUUUUUGGAAUGUCUAAUUUUGCCUAUGUGAAAAAGCAGGCUGGCAUUGAUGACAUUUUUAACUUUGAGACCUUUGGAAAUAGCAUCAUCUGCCUGUUUGAGAUCACUACUUCAGCUGGUUGGGACGGGCUUCUGCUCCCCAUGCUCAACAGCGGUCCUCCUGACUGUGACCCUGACGUUGAAAACCCUGGAUCAGAUGUGAGGGGAAACUGUGGGAAUCCAGGCAUGGGUAUUAUGUUCUUUUGCAGUUACAUUAUCAUGUCCUUCUUAGUGGUGGUGAACAUGUACAUUGCCAUCAUCCUGGAGAACUUCAACGUGGCCCAAGAGGAGAGUAGCGACCCACUGUGUGAGGAGGACUUUGAGAUGUUUGACGAGACUUGGGAGAAGUUUGAUGUCGAAGGCACACAAUUUCUGGACUAUGACCGUGUGUUCGACUUCGUCGAUGCACUGCAGGAACCUUUGCGUAUUCCCAAACCCAACAGACUCAGACUGGUCAGCAUGGAUCUGCCUGUUGUAACGGGAGACAAAAUCCACUGCCUGGACAUUCUGCUGGCGGUCACUCAAGAGGUCCUGGGUGACACCACUGAGAUGGCAGCCAUGAGGGUGAGUAUCGAGGCCAAGUUCAUGAUGAACAACCCCAGUCCUGCCUCCUUUGAGCCCAUCACCACCACUUUGAAGAGGAAAGAGGAAGAACGGGCAGCCACAGUGAUACAGAGAUCGUACCGCAAACAUCUCCUCAAACGCUCCAUCCGGCAUGCCAGCUUCAUGCGCCGGUCCAGGAGGAAGAAGGUGAGGCGGCAGGAGGACGAGGAACCGCCAGAAACGGAAGGCCUGAUAGCGUGCAAGAUGAACGCCCUUUACGGCAGCAACCCAGAGCUGGCUAUGGCUCUGGAGCUUCAGGCCAGACCUAUGCGAUCCAACCCCACUUCAUCAAGGCUGAUGGUCCCAGUGACCUACCGCCGACCACAAGGCCGAAUGAUGGUAGUCCCGGUAGAGGUCACAAAUGAGGUAGUUCUCCGUUCUGCACCCACAGCCAGACGGGACCUCUCAAGCUCAGAGGCGGCAGCACUGAGGGAAUCAAUAGUAUAGUGGGCAGACAAUGCUCAUUUGUCAGUUCCUUUUAAGAGGAAAGUGAAGAAGUGUUCAAACGGAGCAUCACCUGCACAAACAUAACAACCCUGAUGCUCCCAAAAAGCACUGUGUUUGAUGGGUUUGCACAUUUCUGUUAAGGAGUUGCUGAGGUUUAAAAACAAUGAAACAGUGUUCUGUGGUGUCUGGGAUUGACGUUUUAUCACUUUUUCAAUGUCUGUUUUUGGAGCAGAUCCGUCUUCUCGUUUGUCACCCUGUUCCUUGCUCAAAACUCAAACUGUUGUCCUUUGGCAGAUUUUGGAUUCACCAGACCAGUGCUUUCUUUUUUCCCUCUCCUAAGAUUCACAGGAUUUUUUGUAUAUCUAAGAUCACUUUCCAAAGAGACCCUUUUUUCGAUACUACCAUAAAAGUUUCUCAUUAUUUUUACCCAAAUUCCCUACCAAUGUAUUCUUCUUCACUUUUAAGCUGCUGUAACUAGUCUCCUCAAUUUGUCUUGAGGCCUCACUUUGCUUUGCACUAUUUAUAAAUCCCCAGUUUGUGGCCUGCCAGUUUACAGCAGGGAGAUGGAAUGAGUCGAGCAGACACUGAUCAAUUUCACGGGAGGCACGGAGUCACAUUGGGCAGUAUGUGCAACUGCGUAAGGCAUACAUAAACAGUACAUUACCUCUACCUAGAGCAUUUAAUAGGAGAGGUAUGGCCUUAGUAGUGCUGUUUUAGUUCACAGUUGGUAGUAGUACUCGAUAUACGGUCGUCUUUCAUUGCAUGUAGUCAUACUUUUUAUGUAUGCUUCAUGAAGUUGCACUUCAUGUGCACUGUGACCAAAUUUAUGUCAAAUGUCCAGGUUAUCUAUGUACUUACAGGGGUUUAUAGCAACAAAAUAAAGUAGAUUUUGUAAAUACAUUUUCAAGCAUGCUUGCUAGACUUUUGCCUACAAACAGAAUUAAUAAUGUAAUUAAAGCACCAUAAUGUGAAGUUAUCAUGAAAAAUGUUUCAUCAAGCCUCAAUGUUUGCCCAGUAUUAUAUCAGGUAUCUGUCAUAUAUACUAAAUAAAUAAUAAAUAACCACUGCAAUAAGAUGGGUUAGGGUAUAUUCAGUAUCUUCUCCUUAAACCGCCUCAAAUUAUAUCAAUUGUGGACUGAGACUGUGAUGUUAUUUUGCAAUUUAUGUUUACAGUUUUCAUCUGUAGUGCAUUCUUCAUAUAAAAGUGAUGUUAUAAUAUUCUGUUUAAUUCACUGCCUGCUGUCCACAUGUUAUCAGUCAUAAAGGAGCAGAUAGCUUGCGCGUGAAUUUGAAUGCUGUAGACAUGGCUGGAAGGUUUCACUGUUUAACCGUCGAAUAGCAUUUUCCGUAAUGCUGUUUUUGAAGGCUGCCUACAUGGGGGCUUUAUAACACAUGCAUUCAGUUUAAAUAACAUAUAAAGCAACACUUGAAUAUUUAUAAACAGCUUCCAAAUAAUGGGCCGAGGUAAGAAUGCUUUGUAUCAGUUCUCUGUAUUUCUACUUGAAUAUAAGUACAGAAAUACAGUUAAGGAGCCCUUUUCAAAAUAAUAAUUAUUAAAAAAAACUCAAAAUAACUAAUAACUCAGUUUGUUUACUUUGAAGCUCAAGAAAUUUUCAAAGGAAGUCAUUUUCUACUUUUUUUUACUUUUUGAUAGAAAUAGAGACAUGGAUCUUUUACUGGAGUAAUAUUGGAUUUUAUAUUUAAGAGUAUUUUUGUUUUUACUCAAGGACAUGAUUUUCAUACAUACGAGGAAAGAUGUCUGAAAAUUAUUACUUCCAUAGACCUGAUAUAUGGUAUUCUGUAGGAUUUCCUUGGUUAAAACUGAGAGUAGUGUUAUUGAGGUCACAGGAGUUUUUUUCUGACCAUGUCAAAUUUCUUUAUGGCAUUUGGCUGAUGCUCUGAUCCAGAGCAAUUUACAAUUUGAUCAUUUUACACAGGUAGACCAAGUGUUAGGAGUCUUGCCCAAGGACUCUUAUUGGAAUAGUGUAGGGUGCUUACCCAGGUGGGGAUUGAACCCCAGUCUACUGCGUAGACAGCAGAGGUGUUAACCACCACACUAUCCCAACCUUUACAUAUUGACGUCACAUGCACAGAGUCAAAAACUAGGUUUAGCUCUAUGUUUAGGUCUCAAAUGAAUGAAUGAAUGAAUUCAGAACCACUGGCCAACUGUGCACACUGUGAAAUUAGA